GAAUAACACACGGCCAGUGUUUCCGCACGGAGCGUUUCGGACGCUGCACAGGGAAGAUGAUGAACGAGUGGAGUCCUGUGGCGAGGGUUUAUGAUGCCCUCAAAGCAGGCAGUAUAGAUGGGACAGAUGUUGAACCCCAUGACAAAGCUGUCUGGAGGGCCAUGAUGGCCCGCUACAAGCCUAACAAGGGUGUUACCGGUGACCCUCACCUCACACUGUUCGUCUCUCGCCUGAAUCCACAGACAUCCGAGGAAAAGCUCCAGGAAGUCUUCUCAAAGUUUGGAGACAUCCGCAAGGUACGUCUGGUCCGAGACAUCGUGACGGGUUUUUCCAAACGCUAUGCUUUCGUAGAGUACAAGGAGGAACGUUCGGUGAAGAGAGCUUGGAGAGACGCCAACAAGCUGGUUGUGGAUCAGUACGAGGUCUUUGUGGACUUCGAACAGGAGCGCACGCUGCAGGGAUGGAUCCCACGACGACUCGGAGGGGGUCAAGGCGGCAAGAAAGAAUCCGGUCAGCUGAGAUUCGGAGGCAGGGACAGACCUUUUAGGAAGCCCAUUAAUUUGACUUCCAUGAUGCCUCAGAACAGAUCAGCGGAUAGGUGGGAAGGGGCCAGCGGGAGAGAGGAGAGGCAGAGGGAUGCUGCCCAGGAACAGGACAGGGAACAUGGACGGUGGCGGGACAGGAAAAAUGAUUGGAACGAUAGAGGCAACUACAAAGAGAAAAGAGAUUACAGACAUCACAGGGACAGAAGCAGAGAGAGAGAUUUCUACAGAAAGGAAGACAGACGACACAGAGACUCACACAGAGAUUAUGACUAAACUUGAACACGCUUUUAUAACUCCAUAUGCAUUGAAGAACUUUAGUUUGUAUUUUGUUUUACAGUUUGUAACCUCUGUUCUCGGUUGAAUUCAGAUUACAGGAGUAGUUCAUCCAUGAGUGAAAACUUUUUUUUCCACUCCUAUGGCAUGCCUGUUAUUUCUUUUAGCCGUGGAACAAAGUUUAAGGGAUCUUCACACCACUUUUUUUUUUUU